AUGUGGUGGGUGGAUGACGAUGAUGAAAUGAUGCCUCGGCUGGUCCCGAGAAAUGUUCAGCCUUAUGGUUCACAAGAUUUUCAAAAAGUCGGAAGUCGAUGGAAUUACAAGUUGAUACGACCAAAGGAAAUUAUGUUGCCCACGCCUUCUACUGAUCAUGUAUCGUUUGAUCGUGUAUACGAGCCAGCAGAGGAUUCAUAUUUACUCUUAGAUACCCUGUCUUCUGAGACUGAGAAGACCUUUCUGAGAGAUCGAUUUUGUCAAACGCCAGACUCUCCACUAGCAAACUCUCCAUCACCGUUGAUCGUCGAGAUCGGGUCUGGUUCAGGAGUGGUCUUGUCAUUCGUUCAUGCCCAUGCUGAGACGAUAUUUGGGAGAGCAGAUAUACUCACUGCCGGAGUGGAUGUGAACCUGCACGCCUGCAAGGCUACAAUUGAGACUGUUAGUGUUGCUGGAAAAGAACAGGAUGGUCUUGAAAAAUCUCAUGGGUGUUAUUUGGGGAAUAUUUCAGCGGACCUGACAACUGCUCUUAAGAUCCGGGAAGUCGAUGUCUUGAUUUUCAAUCCUCCAUAUGUGCCAACUCCAGAUCUACCAGCAUUGAUACACGAAGAAAAUCUUAGUUCAUACGACACCGACUCUCAUUUAUUAUCUCUAUCAUAUGCAGGUGGAGAAGACGGGAUGGAAGUUACAAAUCGACUGCUAGCCGCUCUUCCAGAAGUACUAAGCUCACAGCGUGGUGUUGCAUUCAUCCUCUUAUGUGCCCAAAACAAGCCCGAACUAGUCAAAAAAGAGAUCCGAGCAUGGGGAAACGAAUGGAAAGUCGAGACAGUAGGAAGCAGCGGGAAAAAAGCAGGCUGGGAAAAGCUGCAAAUACUCAGAAUAUACCGGGCAUCUUCCUCCAUCACAAAUCAAUAA